AUGCGUUAUAAGUUGGGCGUGUGGGACAAGAUCGAUGCCUGGCUAGGCUUGGUCUCUAUUGAUGACUACCAGACUCAGUCCGCUGCAGCUCCAAUCAAAGUCAAGCCUAAUUUCGUUUCAAAUGAUCGCGGCUUGAAAGGCUUCUGGCUCGGCUCGCCAACUGCAAAAUACAUUGUGAUCAACUUCCACGGUGGUGGAUUUGCCAUGGAUGCGACUGAAUCAUAUCUUGAAUUUUGGCCUAAAGUAGCAAGGGCACUUUCUGACGAGAAUAUCAAUACUGGCUGGUUCAACGUGACGUAUACCUUGACGCCACACGCGAGAUAUCCAACUCAGUUUUGCGAGGCAGUAGAAGCACUACGAUACAUCAUCGAAGAGCUCGGGCGAUCACCUUCGGAGAUCAUCCUUGCUGGCGAUUCCGCAGGAGCAAAUUUAUGCCUUGCACUUCUAUCACACCUGUCCCACCCGUCUGAGGAUGCGCUAGCACUCACAAUCCCCGCCCCGCUUAAGGCUGUUGUUCUUAUAUCACCCUGGAUCUCCUUCCGCCAGGACUUGCCCAGCAUGAAAGAUAAUGAACACAAAGAUAUUGACGACUGGAAGGCCCUUGAAAGAUGGAAACAGGAAUAUCUACAUGGGAGAUCUACGAACUAUUAUGUUGAAGCAUUUGAAGCGCCGGAAACCUGGUGGCAAAACGCCCAAGUGGAACAGUCUCUCGUUCUUGCAGGAGGAGAUGAGAUGCUUUUGGACUCUAUUAAGGAAUGGUUCAGUAGGUUCAGUAAGGUGAAUUCGGAGGCAACUUUUAUCAUUGGUCAAAAUGAGUGUCACGUUGCGCCUCUUAUUUGGCCUUUGUUUGGCGACAAAAAUGAAACCAAACAGGGUCUUGCUUUGAAGUCGUGGCUGAUUGAAACGCUCUAUCAGUGA